AUGUAUCUGUCUGCUUUCCAGGCGAAGGCCGUCAACAAGCCAUUAGUAGACGUUGAAGGUGUUCAUCGAAUACAACCAGGGUUUUUUGACGACCAUGUUAAUUCGUCAACAUCACCCAGUCACUGUACUGCAGCACCACGCCAAUCUAUGCAGCCCAGUCGCUUAUCCUCCCACAACCUUCUCAGCCUGGCUCAAAAUUUCAUCUCUGGUAUGCUACGCAGACGAGAUGGAUCGGCUAUAUGGUUGCCACCAGUAGUCGAGGUCCUGCUAACAGCGGGCAAGCCGAGGAAUUAUCAUGCCAGAAAGAAGCCCUCUACCAGCUCCUCUCAGCCUCCCAAGCCUCCUACCAUGCAACAACAUAACGGUGGAGCAACCCAAAGCAAUCUGCCAUCAUCACAGCAACCAAAUACCACUGCCACGGCAUCUGUUACAAGUAACAUCAGCUACAUGGCCCCCCUAUCAUUUUUCCCCUUCGUCCUCGCCCUCGUAUGCCUCCGGCUCGUAUUUCUCUACCGACUAUCCGUUGACCGGAUCCUCGGGACUGUUCCCGUCCCUCAUCCCCCUCCUAUCGCACCAACGUGCGCACGUGCCUUCGGGCUAUGA